UUUUUCUCUCUUCCCUCACCCUGCCUCUCCUCCCUCCCAGCCGGGUAUGAAUGGGAUGGAGCCUGUGUUUGGCGAGGCCUACGGGGGUCACCGCGGCCUGCUGAGCCCCUACCCGCUGGCCAUGUCGCCACAAGGGGGCAGGACCGAGUACGACCAGACCGUGCUCCUCAUGCUGGGCUCCCGGGCGUCGCCUCGGAAACGGCCCUUUGAGUUGUUAAGCGACCUGGUGGACGACGGGGGCGCGGGCGAGGACCUGCACCCGGAGCGCUGGGACGUGUCCUCGCUGGACGAGAUGGCGCGCUACACCAAGCUGGGCCUCGGCGUGGGGGGGGGGCUGCUGGCCUGCUCGGAGGAGGCCGUCCUCAUGGGCCGCUGGGGGAGGAGCCGGGAGGAGCAGGAGGAAGAGGAGAGGAGGAGCAGCAGCAGACGCGCCCCCUUCCCCCGUCCCCCAGGAAGUGAUGCGGGCCGACGCGGCGGCGAGGGGGACGGGCGUGGCUCUGCUGGCGCGACCACGGAGAGGGCGCUCUGCUCUGCGGGAAGAGCGGACGGAGCGGGACAAGGCGGGGGGGCGCCGAGGGAGCUGGAAGUUUAUCAAGUGGCACAGGAGGAGGAGGAGGAGGAGGAGGAGGAGGCCGCCGGUCUGGCGUUGGAGCACUGCAGCGAGGAGCACAACUACUCCCUGGGCCAGGGGGAGGGGGCGGGGCCAGCAUACAACUCGCGGAAGGAGGGCGGGCGGGUCAGGGAGGCGCUGCAGGAGGCGGCGUGCCGGGAGGAGAGCCAGAACGAGGCCGAGCUGGAUGCCGAGGAGCUGGAUGAGGAGGAGGACGAGGAGGAAGAGGACGACGAUGAGGACGAGGAGGGAGACGAGGGAGAGGAGGAGACGGCGGCGGAGGCCGAACUCUCCAGCUCCUCUGAAACGGAGUGUGAGGCGGAGGCGGAGCCUGCGCGGCAGCCGGGCGAGCGGCCCUCGAAGCGCCGAUGCUUCUGGGAGUACCGGCGCGCCCGCCAGUCGGCCACCAAAAAGAAACAUGGCGGAGACGUCCACUGGUCCCUGUCCUGGAGCUCCAGCACUCUGCCCAGCACGCUGUACCGGCGGGAAGGCAAAAAAGGGCGGCGCAAAGCCCGUAAGACGGACGCCAGCGACCUGACGCCGAACCCCGUGAAGCUCCGCAGCAUCGGCGAGCAGCUGCAGAAGCUCAACGCCGCCAUCGACGGCAUGGGCCCCGUCAACGACCUGCCCGCCCCGGCCCGGGCCCGGUCCCGCAAGGAGAAGAACAAGCUGGCCUCCAGGGCCUGCCGGCUGAAGAAGAAGGCCCAACACGAAGCCAACAAGAUCAAGCUGUGGGGGCUCAACCAGGAAUACGAGAACCUGCUGGGAGCCCUGCUGAGGAUCAAGGAGGUGAUCCGUCUGCGGGUGGAGAGCAGCGAGGAGGAGGAGGAGGAGGAGGAGGACGAGCGGGGGAUGACCCGCCGCCUGGAGGACAUCCUGCUGGAGUCCAGCGGUCCUCUCGUCGCCGGGCGGACCAAGGACUUCGUGCAGAGGGAUUUUAGCGGCCAGCGCGGGCGGGCCAGCGGAAAGGGGGGGGAGGAGGAA